AUGCCGGCCAUCACGCCCUCGAGCACGACAUGGACGCUCCGCCUCAAGCACAAUAAGACCACGGUGCUGCUGCACGUCGACGCGUUGCAGACGCUGGCGUCGGUCCGCGCGGAGCUGCUGCACUGCCUGCGCGAAACCUGCCCGGAAGGCAUCGCCGGCAAGCCGCUGCCCGCCGACCCAGCCGAGCUGCAGCUGGCGAAGAUGCAAGACUCGUCAGACCCGGACAAGGGAUGGGUGCUGCUCACCGGGACGAGUUCCAGCGGCGAUGAUGGUGAUUCGAAGGGGAAGGGUAGGGCCAAGGCAGCGGCCGCUGGUGAGGGGAGCUUGAAGGCGGAGGGCGUGAAGGAUAACGCCGUCUUGGCGUUCAGAUGGGGCGGAGAGAAGGGGACAGGGCAGGGUGAUGAGGGCGGGAUGGAGAUUGAGGAGGACGGGGAUGAUGCGUGGGAUGUGGUGCUGCCGAAGUACGAGGAUACGUACAUGGACGGGCUGGAGGACGAGGGAAUAGCAGAGUGA